CUAAGGGAGUCAAAAGAGGCAAGACAAACAGAAGAGUAUGGAUCGUCAAGAUUUCACUCGUGACUGGUACCAAAAACAGAACUUUAAUUCGCCCGAAAUUGUUGAGAUGAGAGACUUUCGACGCCCAAGGCCCGCAACCGAUCGUAUGUAUUCCCCUAGUGAUAAUGGGGACUACCGAAAGUCUAGACACGAGGAGCCAUUCCCGGACUACCAGCAUAUGGACCAUCAUAUCGAUAAAAGAUAUGUUCCUAUGCCUGGCAUUGCUCUUGCUCGAAAUCGCAAUAGCUAUGCUGGUGUUGGUGUUAACCAAAGAAAUGUUCAGAAUGGAAAUAUGAACCGAUUUAGUGAUAUUCGUGAGGGAUAUGUCAAUGGAGGAUUUGCAGCGGAUAAAAGCCCGAGAAAUUCUGGGGCAUAUGUAAACCCAGACGAACGCCAGCGCCCACAAAGCGUUGCCCCUAGAUCUCGAGAGUCGGCAGUCAUAAUGUAUGACGGUAACAAGUAUACGGCGUCCGAAUACAACCAUUACAUCGUGCCAGGAGGAGAGGAAAAAGAAAGACCCGCGUGGAUUGCAAAAGCAAGUCCAUAUAACGAAAAGAACAAGAUGAAUGAAAAAAGUGGCCUUGUAUGUAGCGUCGGCAUUUUGGCGCGUAUAAUUGUGAUCGUCUGCAUCGUUUGGGAUCUGUCUAUGGACUGGUUAUUGGUAAGCACCAAUAUUAAUUUUGGCAAUAGUGAGAACAUGAUAACCUGUUCUAAAAAUGCCAACGUCAGCUUGGCAUUUGGGAACAUAACUACAACCGAGGAUCCAAUAUGCGGGGUACCAUCGACGGUGUGGAAAGUUUUUGCUGCGUUUUCUUUGAUUGGAUCCCUUCUCUCCAUUAUUCAGAUAAUUAACAUUGGAUGUGAGAUGAUCAAAACCUGCAAACCAAGCGUGUUUCAAGUAUUACACGGUCAAAGCGAAGUGCUACUUGUUCUGUUCUUCGAGGAGCUUCCACAAAUAGGCCUUACUAUGUCCUUCUUCUCCCUGUGCGUCUGUCAUGUCGACAAUAACGUUCAGAAAACAAUGGCCCUGUACGGUCUUCUGAGCGUCAUCAGUGCUGCAGUGUCGGUGACGGCGCGGUAUGCUACUAGUUUUGGCGGACUCGCCUUGAACGGGGGAUGCUGCAACACAUGGUGGCGUUGUGCUUGCUGCAAAAACCCCGACUACUUUUGUCGUGUUCAACCGAGGGAAGUUUGCUGCACGUGCAACGUGCCCUGUCCGCUUUGUUGUUGUACGUUAUACUGCAGAAGCUGUAAAUGGUCACCACAGACAUGGUGUGCGCCACUAAUGAAGGCGUUUUCGUGUUUUUGUGAUUGUUGUAAAACAGAUGACGAAAUGUAUGGUAUUCGAAUGGUUAACAAUCUGGGACUCUUAGUACUGUGGUUUUGUUCAAGCUUUCAAAUAGCCAUAUAUAUAAUUACCUAUGGCUAAUUCAAUUCCAUCCAGUGAUGUUUUGUGUUUUCAGCUAGGAAAUCAAUUAAUUCUUUAAUUCCACGUAUUAUUAGCUCACCUGAUUCGAAGGCUCAAGUGAGCUUUUCGGAUCGAAAUUUGAGCUUUGUCUGUCGUUGUCCUCUUCUCAAGAACAACUUGGCCAAUUUCAACCAAACUUGCAACAACGUAUCCGUGGGUGAAGGGAUUCCAAAUUGUUCUAAUGAAUGGCCACGCCUUCUUCUAGGGGGAGAUAAUUAUGAAGUUCUAGAAAGGAAUACAUAGGAAAAAUCUUUAAAAAAUUUCUUCUAGGGAACAGCAAAGCCAUAAUUGGUCAUAAUCAUAUGGAAACAUCCUCAGAAAGUGUAGAAUCAAGUUUGUUCAAAUCAUCACCCCCGGGGGCCACAAUGGGUGAUCAAAGUUUUACAUAGUAAUACAUAGGAAAAAUCUUAUUCUCAAGAACAGCAAAACCAUGAUUGGUCAUAAUAAUAUAAAAGUAUUGUCUGGUAAUGUAGGUUCAACUUUGUUCAAAUCAUGAACCCCCCCCCCCCCCCCCGGAGAAUAGAGGGGAUAUAGUUAUACAAAGGAAUAUAGAAUAUAUAGGAUAUAUAUUUAAAACAUUUCUUCUUAAGAAAAGCAAAGCCUUUAUAUGUCAUAUUAGUUCAGAAGCAUCCUUAGGAAUUGAGAUUCAAGUUAGUUCAAAUAAUACCCCCCCCCCUUUUAUAUUUAAACUUUUCAAGACUGAACUGAUUUCUGCCUUUUCCCAGCCAAAGUGCUCAGGUGAGCGAUGUGGCCCCUGGGCCUCUUGUUGAAUAUAAAUUCCAUCUUUAAUCACCCAUGGCCAUUCCAGGGAAUGUACUCUGAAAAAAAUCUACGACUAUAGAACUAUUUUCAAAGUGCAUUCUUAAAAAAAGAGGUUAUACAUAGACAUAUAAGCAAAUCAAAUGCAAACCUUCAUACAUGUAUGAUUCAUAGAAAAAUCCUAAUAUACGAAACUUGUUGAAAAUUUUUAACCAUUUACAAUCAGCAUAUUUGAAAUUAUUUGCAAGGUUGUCUCGUUUGUAUUAUAUGAAAGAAAAAUGGUAAUGCAAACAUAAAUGGCAUUUAAUUUUAGAACUAUAUUUAUGAAAAAUUCAAAAUUGUUUAUUGAGAAUAUUUUGAAUUGCAUACCAGAGAGUGCAAAUUAACACAUAUUCUAAUAGGGUUACACAAAAAUGGUGUUUAAGGUGCUUAAUUGCCACAACAAUCUAAAUUAAGAUAAAAUAAAUCUAAAUAAAGAUAUUUUCAUUAAUACAGUAAAAAAAAAUGCAUAUACAAGCGUGUAUUGGUAUUGUCACUUUUGAACACAAAUCGAAGUAUCAAAAAAUAUGCGAACUUUCUGAUUUUGCUAUCUGACAAAAAAUAUCAGAGUGCUAGAGUUAACAAAUCAUUGACGAUCAAUUUGUUUAUGAUUUCUUGCAAAUUGCAGCUUGUUUAUGAUAAUAUCGAAUGAAUUCCUGUUCCAAAGAUUUAUUUAUUCAUGUAUUUUUAUUUUAUUUAUUUAUUUUGGUAGACAAUAUCCCCACGAAUCUUACCGAUCUUCUUACCAGCAGUGUAAUAUGUCAAACCAAGGCAACAUACAGAAAGUACAUUAUAAGUGCACUUUUUCAGUUUUACCUUACAACAAAAUAAUUCUUUUCUUUUUUUGUUUUAAUUUUUCCGUAAAACAGAAUAGCGAAGUCCCGGGAACGCACAGUUUUGAUUCGUUAAUGUAAUUCAUUAUAUUCCAUUUAAAACACGUUUUAGAAUCACAGGGAAUUAAUGAAAAUCACUUCGCCGUAAGCUGGAAUUCGUUAUAAUCGUGUUCAAUGUAACCGUGUUUUACUUUGAUUUGUUUGAAAUCAAUAUUUAUCUGAAAAUUUAUAUUGAAUUGAAAUUAAACUUGAUAACUUCACACAACGUAAGCGAAGAAGCAAUAAUUUUGUUGUGAGGAUGCUAGAAAACACAACUUCCUUAAUUGGAAAUCUGAUAUGUGUAAAAUGCAUAAGAAACACAAUUUUGUACUGUUUUGAUUUUUUGUUUUGUUUUGCUUGAUUUUGUUUGUUUUGUUUUUUUAUUAUUAUUAUUUGUCAGAUAUAAGUUGUUUGCUGUGCUCUUUUUUCUCUUUCCCCGCAAUAUUGUGUAUGAUGAAUACAGAGGAAUAAAGAUUGCUUUAUAAAAUAUAUCAUUUAUCACGCAACAGCCGAACGAUUGAUUUUCAAAUGCAUUUUAUAGCACCAUAUAAUCAAUACUCUUAUAGAUAAUCUAUCGGAGGAAACGAGGAAGUUUUGAAAUCUAACCAAUUAAAAAACUGCUGCUUAGUCAUAAGAUUUGAUGAUAAGAACUACAUUUCAAGUGUAUACCGGUAGUUAUAAAUGCAAUUGACAGAGUUUUAAAAUUUCUCCUUAGAAUAAAAUUUUUAAAAAAGUUUUUUUUACACUUGUAGU